AUGCCGGGAAGAAUUGGCAUCGUCUUCGCCUAUUUCCGGUACACCUCGAACGUCUCUGCGAGGGAUAUCCUUGAAGGGCUCGUCAAGCUGCAUCUCCAAAGAGACGAUACCUUGGUCACGCUGAUCAAGGACACCUACACGAGACACAAGGCCCAAAGGACGCGUCCAAGUCAGGGCGAACUUCUAUCCAUACUGCGCGAGAUAGAAAAGGUUUACGACAUCACGUUUUACGUCCUAGAUGGCCUCGACGAAGUGGGAAGCGAUACCCAAUUCGAUCUUAUCGAGGUCAUUCAAUUGCUACACGGGAAUUUUGUCAUCAUGACGCGCCCUCUCGAUAUCCUGGACGCCAUACCCCAUGCCGUCCUUGUCAACGUCACAGCCCAAGAUCGGGACAUCGAACUUCUCGUCUCCCAAAAGAUCGAUCGAAAUCCCCGGUUCCGCAAGCUUCUGGAGAAUCAUGGCUGCCGUGAGCUAGUCAGUAGACAAGUCCUCGUCAAAUCAAAUGGAAUGUUCCUACACGCUGCGCUUCAACUCGAGGCCCUCCAACAAUGUUCAACCAUCGCGAGUGUACAAGAAACUCUCGAUCGGUUCCCCGCCAAGCUGGAAGAGAUGUACGCGGUCACCGUGGCGCGCAUCGAGCGACAAUCUCCCGAGUACGCUGCGCUAGCAAAGCGAGUACUUACUCUCCUCCUCUGCGCGCAAGCGCCCUUGACCGUCGCGGAACUCCGAUAUGUAAUAGCGACGGACUCAACGAUGCACCGUUACGAAGGCUCUCGUGUAGUCGACAUCAACACCCUCGUUUCCGUCUGUUGUGGCCUUGUCCAUGUCGGAAAGAACGGCAUCGUCCAGCUCGUUCGAGCCCGGCUCACAAAACGAAAAUGCGUAGAUUUCACAGCCUUGGAUGCGCUCAAACCCAUUAUCCUUCAAGAUCCUUCAAUGUCCCAUGGCUGGCUGGCGCAAGUAUGCAUGCAGCGCCUCGUCGAUUGUAACAUCACGGACUGGCCCAUGAACCACUCCUUGUCACGAUUUGAAGAUGCCUUGAAGCAGCAACGAUUUCUUCAGUAUUCCUAUGACCACUGGGCUACCCAUGCAAAGGAAGUGGGAACUGACUCCAGCGCUUUCGAUGCUGUCCUCACCUUUCUCCGUCGCUGUACUUCGUACCCUUGUCCUAUCGACCUCACCUGUGGAUACGAUGUCCUCUCCCACCCUCAGGGACAACUCGAACAACUGGGUUCAUUGCAACUCGCCAGUCGCUAUGGUCUUCCCGCGACUUUUGGUGACGUCCUCGUCAAACAAGACGAGUCGAAUUUAAACACUGUGACAAAACCGCUAGGACUCACCGCUCUUAUGGUCGCCGCGUGGUUCGACCAAGGGGAAACCGUUCAGUGGCUCCUCCAACAGGAAAGCCUCGAUAUCAACGCUCCAAACGCCAGCGGCCAAACGGCUCUAAUGCUGGCUUCAGCAAAAGGCUAUGAAGCCAUCGUCAAACAGCUGCUCCAGCUGCCUACCGUCAGGGAGGACGUCAACAUGCAGGAUGUAACCGGAUGGACAGCACUUAUGCUCGCCUCGUGGUUCGGCUAUUCCAGCAUCGUGAAGCUCUUACUAGCAUGUGAAGCCGAUGGAACAGUGGUCACUAAGAAUGGAACGACAGCCCUUAUCCUCGCUUCGUGGAAAGGCCAUGUAUCCGUGGUCGACCAAUUGCUCGAGCAUCAUCCUUCCACGGUAGACGUGAAUGUACGAAAUGAAUGGGGACUCACACCACUCCUGGUUGCGUGUUGGAAUGGCCACGUCCCAGUCGUUGAACGCCUCUUGAUGUACCCGGGCGUUCAGGUUGGCCUUGAGGAUGUUACUGGCUUAACACCGUUGGCACAUGCGAAGCGCUGCGACCAUCGGAGCAUCGUCAACCGACUGCUUGGACACCCUGGCAUGACAUCCAAUGCCCAACUAGCAGAGGAAGAGCUCAUGCCCGGGUCGGAAUUCUCGAUCGAUGACCAGGCUAUGGCCAUUGCACUGGACCCAAGGGUUCCUCUCAUAUGGUACGUGCCAUUCGCCCCUAGAGUUAUCGUCUACUGA